AUGGCCGAUCAGAUCGCUCGGGUCGUGCCAAAGAUCGUUUCCGAGCUCCAAGGAUCUACCACUCCUCCAUCUUCUGUAGAUUCCAAAACGGAGAAGCCGACUACUACCAAGUUCAACUAUAAACACUUCGUCUCCUGCAACCCCAAACCAUUUACGGGCAGUGAUGGGGUAACAGCUAUGCUAGAGUGGUUUGACAGCAUAGAGGUCACUUUCAUCAACAGCGAAUGCCCCGAACAUUUGAAAACCAGGAGUGCUACUGGAGUGUUUCAAGGUAGGGCUUUGGAAUGGUGGGCUAAUGAAAGGAACAUCCGUACAAAUGAAGCAGCUUAUGCCCUUCCAUGGGCUGAGGUGCGUGAAUUGAUGAUGCUUGAAUUCUGCCCUCCCCAUGAACAGCUCAAUCUCGAAGAAGAAUUUUGGCACUUAAAGCAAAUUGGUGAUGACAACAUGGCGUAUACUACCUGGUUCAAGCAGCUAAGUUUUAUCGUUCCUCACUUGGUUUUGACUCCUAAGCGAAUGAUAACCAAGUAUAUCAAUGGUCUGCCUCCUACUAUACGUGAUUCCAUCGAAGCAGCUCACCUAGGAACUAUUGAGGAAUUCUACCGUCUCGCAACCAAUCUCAACAACAAUCGUCAGCCAAGUGGCAGCAAGAACAAGAAACGGAAAGCUCAGGGCUCGGGAUGUAAUGCUAUUACUCCUGCUGCUAACCCUACAGCGAAACCUGCUCCUACUCCUGCUGCUGCUAACCCUGCUGCUCCUGAGGUGAAGAUACAAUACACUCGGUCUUACCCUAAGUGUGCGACGUACAACUUUCAUCAUCCUGCUACUUCUGCAUGCCGAUUGUGCACCAACUGUAACCGCUAUGGUCACACGGCUCCCUACUGUCGUCAAGCUAAUCCUGCUCCCCAAGCUCAGCAAGCUCCUGCUCCACCAGCUCAAGCAGCUCUUCCAGCUCCUCCUCUACAGAACCCAGGGCCGAUCAAUGCAGUUCGUGCAUGUUUUCAGUGUGGGGAUACUACUCAUCUUCGCAAUCGUUGCCCCCAGCUGAACCAAGAUCAACAAGCAGCCACUCGUGGACGAGCGUUUAACCUCAAUGCUAAUCAGGCUCGCAACAACAAUGACAUGGUGAAUGGUAUGUUUCUCGUUAAUAAUCUCUAUGCUUCGAUCCUAUUUGAUACUGGUGCCGAUAAGAGUUUUGUGUCCGUGGAAUUCGAGUCUUUGAUAAAUUAUACACGCUCUAAGUUACCUGAGUCGUUCUCUGUUGAGGUCACCAAUGGUAAGUCGAUUCUUGUUAAUUCUAUUGUGCGUGAUUGUUCCUUGAUUCUUAACGAUCACGUAUUCUCUAUUGAUCUUAUACCUAUGCGUUUGGGUAGUUUUGAUGUCAUUAUCGGCAUGGAUUAG